CUCCUGAAAAUUCUUGAGUAAAUCUAUAGGAUGCUUGGUUGUUUGAAGCAUUAAGUUCAAUGCUUGAAAGCUUAUCUUAUUCAAUCUAUGUUUUGCUUGAAAGACCUUUGUUGGGGCAUUGUAUGGAUGGGUCUUGCUAGUGUGGUUUUGACUCUUUCCUUUUUGGGCUUUUGUUUCCAUUGGUAUGCUUCCUGUGUACUAGGAAAUCAAGGAUGGUUGACACUUAUUAAUUAAAUCUCUAUUGGGAUUAUUAAUAUGUUUCAUGAAAGAGUGAAAAUGUGUUUUUUUCUCGUAAGAGGGCUAUUUGCCCUAGAACUCGGCCAAGCCUUUUGGCUGACAUCUUCACAAGCCCUUUUUCUCUUCCAACCCCUACUGCAUGUCCAGAUGCGGAGAAAACAGGAGUCACGCUCUCCCCCUUUUUUCAGUGUUUCAAUGGCGGUUCUCAAGUGGGGCAGCGUUGAUUUGCGGAUUUCUCCAACCAUGUUAGUGGAAGAAGCUUCAGGGAUGGCAGUGAAGAAUGAAUAUGAUUGGCAGUGGCGUUGUACCAGGUCAGUGUUGCCAUCUUUGGUAGGUUUAAACUAUUGGGAGGGAAAGGGAAAGAACGGAGUAAAAGAAAAGGUAAAGGUGGGGACAUUGAAUAGGAGGACAGUACAACUAGGUCGAUUCUACUCUGUACAAUCCUUGAGGUAUGCUUCUGUCUUUUGGUAAUUGGAAUGCAAGCGCCUUGACCCACAAACCAUUGACAUGUUGAUGAUAUAUAUUGUGAGCUCAAACUUAAGCUUUUAGGAAAAUCGGUUGUAGAACAUGGUAUCUGAGCUUUGUUUGGCGAGAGGUUAUGUGUUGGAGCCGCCUCUGCAACUUGCAUUUCGCCCCUGUGUUGGGCCCAGUUCAACAUUCCAAUGGUUGACAUCAUAUAUGCAAGCUAAAUUGUUAUAUGGGGCGAGAGACAUGGUUGAAGAAGGUUGAAGAAUUGCAUCUUUUCCAAAGCUAUACUACUCCUAAAGGUUGGAGACAGGUCCAGGUGCAAAAAAUUAGUAUUAGUAUUUGUAGCCUCACUAUGCGUUUGGAGAAUUUAUGCCAGAUAAAAGUCUGGCAUAGAUCAGCCCACAAAGUGCCCAGUCCAAGGCAUUUCUAAAAUGGGGCGUGCUUUGUUACACUCUUUGAGUUGUUAGGAAUCUUUUCCUUUCCUGCUGCUGCUGCAGAGAAUAUUUGAAAGAAGUAGAAUUGGAUGUAAACAGAUCCUUUGAGUGGAAGAGGAGAAAGCAAUUGCCAAUCCUCUAUCUAGAACACUCAAUAACACAAGGGAACACUUACAAGCUUUCCCCCGGAGCAGAGAAUAUUUGGAAAAAGUAGACUUGGAUGGAGAGAUCCUUUGGGUAGAAGUGUGGAAAAUCAAUUGCUUAUAUCCCCAAGCAAAGAAGUGAUUCUUCUAUCCACAACAUUCAAAAACACAAAAAAAGACCUGUAAAUUUAUCAUCCAUUCAAAUUAAGAGCCAAAACAGGUUUUUCUGUGAAUGACAGAGAAGAAAAAUGGCAGAGGCUAUUGUGUCCUUUGCUGUGGGAAGGCUAGGUGACUUGUUAAUCCAAGAAGCAAGUUUCUUACAUGAGGUGAGUGACAAAGUUGUGGAAAUUCGGACUGAGCUGAAGCGGAUGCAGUGUUUUUUGAAAGAUGCAGAUGCAAGACAAGAUGAAAAUGAGGUUAUUCACAAUUGCGUUGUGGAAAUUAGAGAGGCUGCUUACGAUGCUGAAGACAUCAUAGAGACCUUUGCCUCCAGAGUUGCCCUGAGGAGGAGGAGAAGCAGUCCCCAAAACAUCUUCAAGAGGUGUGGUUGGAUCUUCUUUGAAUUUAUAGCACGCCAGAAGGUUGGGACAGAAAUUGAUGCCAUUAAAAAAAGGGUCUCCAAUCUCACUACAAGCUUACAAAAGUCUGACAUAAGGAGCAUUACAGAGGGAGAAAGCUCAAGUUCCAGAAAUGAGAGGCCACAACAGGGUAGGCCUACUUACUCCCACCUUGAUGAUAAAGAUAUCAUUGGGGUGGAAGAAAGUGUGAAGAUUUUGGUGGAACAGCUGGUGGAACCAGACAGGAAAUGGUCAGUUGUGGCCAUAUAUGGUAUGGGGGGUCUGGGAAAGACCACUCUUGCUCGGAAGGUUUAUCAUCAUGUCCAUGUUAAGCAUCAUUUUGACCAUUUUGCUUGGAGUUCCAUAUCUCAACACUUGGACAGCAGGGCUGUUGUAAGAGGAAUACUGAUCAAAUUGACAUCUCCUUCUGAAGAGCAAAGACGGGAAAUUGACAACAUGAGUGAUGACGAGCUAUUCAAGAGAGUGUAUAAAAUUCAAAAGGAAAAGAAAUGUCUAGUGAUUCUUGAUGAUGUGUGGAGAAAACAAGAUUGGGACAGUCUAAGACCUGGCUUUCCACUGCGAAAGGAGGGCAGCAAGAUAGUGAUCACCACUCGGAACAAAGCUGUGGCUUUACAUGUGGAUCCACCAAAUGUCUUUUUGCACCAACCGAGGUUAUUAACUGAGAAGGAGAGUUGGGAGCUUCUACAGAUGAAGGCACUCUCUACAGGUUCUACCCUUAACAAGGAUAUGGAGGAGCUAGGAAAGAAAAUGGCUAAACGUUGUAAUGGGUUGCCUUUGGCAAUUGUUGUGCUUGGAGGACUUUUGGCCACUAAACCCUGCACAUUCAAUGCCUGGGGAAUAGUAGAUCGAAAUAUUAAAUCAUACUUUAGAAGAGGUGAUGGCAAUUCCAAGCAACAAAGUAGUGAAGUGUCAGAUGUGUUAGCUUUAAGUUACCGAGAUUUGCCAUACCAUUUAAAACCUUGCUUCCUCUAUUUGGCUCAUUUCCAUGAGAACUAUAAAAUACCAACAAAUACUUUGGUUCGGAUGUGGAUGGCUGAAGGAAUCAUACCUGAAAUGCCUGACAAAGGGGUGGGAGAAGAAACAAUGGAGGAUGUUGGACAUCAGUAUCUAGAUGAGCUAAUUGGAAGGUGUAUGGUUCAAGUGGGAGUAAGAAAUUCAAAUGGAAGAGUCAAAACUUGCUGGUUGCAUGAUCUUAUGCGAGAUCUAUGUUUGUCAAUAGCCAAAGAAGAAAAUUUUCUUGAUAUUAUCAAUCUUCAGCAAGUGGAGACAUUUUCAUCUUCUAUGGUAACAGCAUCCACUUCAAAUAAAGUCCGAAGAUGUGCCAUUUAUCUGGAUCAAUCCGUUCCUAUAGAGAAUGUAGCAAAGGCAAGACUAGUCCCUGAAAAUAGAGAUGACGAUGUUAACAACUAUGUCAAUUUUAACCCAGAAAAUGCUACACACCUCCGAUCUCUUCUAAUAUUCUAUCCAUCAACACCAAAUACAGUUCAUUGGAUGCUGAGGAAGCUGAGCUUGAAGAACUUCAAAUUAUUAAGAGUAUUGAGUCUUGAGAGACUUUCACUGGAAGAAAAAUUACUAAGAGAAAUAGGCAACCUCAUACACCUGAAGUAUUUGAGUUUCAGGGAUGCUAAGCUGUUAAGCUUCCCAUCAUCUAUAAAAAAUUUAGGUUGCAUCCAGACGUUGGAUUUACGGUUUUGUAAUGAUGAUAACCUUGUAACUUGUACUAAAAUAGGUGAUGUGAUAUGUAUGAUGAAAUUACUAAGACACCUCUACCUUCCUAGAUAUCUUUAUGUGGGUACUAGUAAGGUGCAAUGGGACAAAUUGAGCAACUUGGAGACGCUAAAAGCCUUUGAUGCAAGACAAUGGGCUGUAAAAGAUUUGGUCCAAUUGACCAAGCUUCGGAAAUUGAAGAUAAAUAAUCUCAACAGCUUUAAAGAGUUGGAGGUAAUUCUCAAGCCCCCCUGUCCUUUUUCACUUCAUUCCCUGGUUUUGGAUGAGGUGAGCACCAAAAUGGAAGAAACGGAUCUAAGGCAAUUAUCAAUGUGUCGACAUCUUUAUGAGCUAUUCUUGGGAGGAGAAAUAAGCAACUUGCCCGGGCACGGCCACUUCCCUUCAAACCUCACUAAGUUAACCUUGUCUUAUUCUCUCUUAAAACAAGAUCCCAUACCGAUUCUGGAGAGGCUUCCUUACUUGACAAUCCUACGCUUAUUUAAUUCAUAUGAUGGGGAAGAAAUGGUUUUCUCUGGAACUGGGUUCCCUCAACUCAAAUAUCUGCAACUCUCCUAUAUUGAAUUCUUAAAAAGGUUAAGGGUGUGUAAAGGUGCAAUGCCUAGUCUAGUGAGUUUAACAAUCCAUAGCUGCAUGUCAUUGGAAGCGGUUCCUGAAGGACUGAUACACAUCACUACCCUUAACGAAUUGAAGUUUGAGUAUAUGCCCAUAGAGUUCAUGGAGAGGCUUCAAGUGAUACGUGGAAAAGAAGGGGAGGAUUUCUACAAAGUCAAGCACUUGCCUUCCAUCGCAUUCAGUGCAAUAUCUGAGGAUGAUGUUUAUCAAAUGCUUAUGAAGAUCUUAAAUAGUGAUCCAAGUGACAACAUGAAGAUUCUAAAGGCACUUAUAAAUGCCGAGGACGAUCAGUUGCCACUUCUUGAUGGCUCUACAAAUAGAAGGGUAAAAUUGGAGGUGCUGAAGGGGAAGAAUGUGUUUCUGCUCAUAUCAGGCCUAGACUUUCCCACUGAGGAUCUCUUACUUCUCAAACAUAUUCACAAGGAAUUCUGUUUGGAGCGGAGUUUGAUACAUAGGCGGCAUGAGUUUAUGUGGAUCCCAAUUGUGGAUCAUUCUUUUAAGUGGAAAGAUUCUCAGCAGCAAGAGAUGUUUGAGUGUCUGCAGGCCUCAAUGCCAUGGUAUUCGGUCUGCACUCCUGCACGCAUUGAUAAGGCAAUCAUCAGGUUCAUCAAGGAGGAGUGGCACUUCCAGAAUAAGCCCAUCCUUGUGGUGCUAGAUUCACAAGGAAAAGUGAUGAACCGUAAUGCUAUUCACAUGAUGCGGAUAUGGGAGGACACCGGCUACCCAUUCACCAGUUCGAAAGAGAAAGCUCUGUGGGGGGCAGAGACUUGGGGGCUUGAGCUGCUGGUUCAUGACGUACACCCAACCAUACAGAACUGGAUCAAAAAGGGAAAAUUCAUUUGCUUGUAUGGAGGGACUGACAUGAAGUGGAUCCAAACAUUCACAACCGUAGCAAAGGAAGUUGCGUCAGCUGAGCGGAUCCCCUUAGAAAUGGUGUACGUGGGAAAGAGCAACGUGGGAAAGAGCAACCACAGAGAGCGAGUCCUACAAUGCAUAGCAUUCAUCAGUAUGAAGGAACUGAGCCACUGGUGGUCAGACCGCACCAUGGUCUGGUUCUGGAGCCGGCUGGAGAGCAUGUUAUUCUCCAAGAUCCAGCUAGGAAGGGAGGACGAGAAGGACCCCAUGUUGGAGGAAAUCAAGAAACUGCUCAGCUACGACAAGGAAGGAGGAUGGGCUAUGCUCAGCAAGGGAUCCUCGCCAAUUUUCAGUGGUUCCAGCGCCACUGUUUUGCCUACCUUCUUGGCGUACCAUGCAUGGAAAGAGCAGGUCCCGACGAAGGGUUUUGAUCAGGCAGUCAUGGAUUACCAUGACCAGCUUCGCAACGAUUCUGAUUACCCGAAGUUUGAUUUUAUUGAUAUUGAAUGAAAUCUUGUAUAUAUUUUUAAAAUCCAUUUAUAAAUACUAAGUAAUUUAAAAAUGAAUAAUCUUUUUACUAA